GUGGACGGGAAACUAGAGAGCACUAGAAUAAAUGACAAACCAGUCCAGAGGGACGGGGAUCAUGCUGUGGUGUGGACUGCCGACAACAAGGCAUUGUAGCUCUCACUUGAAGUGUAACUUCUAAACCCUGCAGCAGGAUGACAACACCAAGCAGUUUAUCAUUCCUAGUAUAAUGUAGUUCUGGGUGAAGAAUGGAUUAUGGAAGACACGGGGAUUAAAAAGGCGAGACAGUUUAUCAUUAACCCAUAGAAGCACAGACCUCUCCAAGAGCUGCUUUUACAUACAAGCACAGAAGUAUAACAGAGAUCAGCAGGACGGUCGAAGUUGAAUGCGGUUUCAUGAAGCGUUUUUUGGGGGGUUUGAAGGCUGAAUUCAGAAGUUGAACAAGUUUUGGAGUGAAGAGUCUGGACAUUGAUCCUGAACCCUGCUGAAGUCCACCACAGGUGGAAAGAAACAUUUCAAACAGCCCUCCAUCCAUCCCACUAUUCAUCCAUCAUGGCAGAGCCGUCUCCAAGUUGGUGGAAGCUGACUUUCCUGAGGAGGAAAAAAUCCCAGCCCAAGGUCCUGUAUGAAAUCCCCGCAGAGUUUGUUUCCAAUGCCGCCACGGGCCAGCAUGGGUCCGUCACAGCCGUGGGAGCUGCCGCCCACCCGGAGCACGUGGCGCACGACCCCCAGCUGGACACCCGACUGGAGAGGAUCAUGGAUAAAACGACGGCCAGCAAGGGGCGCCACGUCAAGGUGUCUCACUCCGGGAGGUUUAAGGAGAAGAAGAAAGUGCGAGCCACGCUGGCAGGGAACCCAGAGAUGUUUCCUGGGGGUGACCCUUCGAGAGAUGAGAACCAGCGGGCUGGGAAGUGACAGGACACGCGAGUAUUCUAAAAAUGAAUUAAGAUGCAUUCAUAGGGAGAGUUUCAAAUGGGCCGUUAAUGUUUACAGCUCUCUUCCCUUGUUGUCAGUUGAUGGAGCUAAAUUUGGGGAAACUUUUAACCUUAAUAUCUUCUUGGAAGGCCACCAAUUUCAAAAUGACCAACAAGACACUCAUCAGAAUAAGUGAAAUCUAGACUUUAACGUCUGACUUGAAAAACAUAUGCCUAGUUUAUAUUUCUAUAGAGAAGUUUCCCAUUCACUCCAAUACAAGAAACAUCCAAAGGCCACCCGAGGAGUUGCAUGGUGAGACACUGGUGGUGGUUUCUACUUCAUCCACUUGAUAAUAAAACAAUGGUGAUUGUAGGGAUUGAUACUACAACCUUUCCAGCACAAGCUCUCCAGCUCUCACGUAGUCCCCUGUCUAAGUUUAGAUGCAACGGUAUCAAACCUGUAACCUUUUCCCUUGGACUGGAUGGUUCAUCUAACUAGAGCAACCCAGCUGUGUAAGGAUGGCCCCUAUAACUGGACUUUUGGACGUUGUGUGAGACUGGGGCUGUACAGUGAUAUACCUGUAUAUCUCAUAAACUCAGAGUCAGGAUCCAAAAAUAUGUUUUGGAAGGCAAAGUAUAUUUUACAACAAAAGUUUUAAAAAGGACACAAACAUUAACCUGAAGAUGUCAAAAUGACAGGUCUCUCUUGAUUGGAUUGGAGAUAAAUAAUACGAUUCAGAGAUAUAUAGUUCGUUAGUACAUAUACCUUUACCGAUUAGAUUGGUUAAUUGAUGAUAUUUUUGGUAAAACAUGUUUUUUUUACAAUCAAUGUAAAUUAGUCUCCUUGUGAUUAAAUUGAUGUGUAGAAAAGUCACUAUUGGACAAGCACUUUACCAGCCUCUACUAUAAUAAUGUAAGCACUAGUCUAGCACUACUCAUGUAUUUAUAGGUCUUAUAAGUAUUAUACUUUUAAAACCAACUGAAACAUUUUGUCUCUGUUGACUGAACUAAGUCAAAAUCGAUGUCUUGUGAUUUAAUCUACAUACUUGAAUCAGAAACAUUCGUUUGGCGUGUAGAAACGUUACGAGUUGUUGCUUUAUUCGUGCAACAGGGGAGCUGUGAAUCUUUAUCGCAAUGAGUGUUUACUGAACUUGGAGCCUGGUUUGGCUGAAUUCAGCAUAUCAGCAGUAGUAUCUAUAGCUACACACCCUCGUGCCUUCACUGGAAUACAAACACACUGCAUGCCUGUAAAACCACAUCACACAGCCAACCUGCACAUGUUGUUGUUGCCAUCAAACCCAGCAGAGGGCAGCAUUGCUCUAAUCAGAAACCUAGUCGUCAGUGGAUUUAGAUUGUUCAUUCUAACACUCCUCUCUGGUUAUUAGGUGUUUUUUUGUUGUUUUUGAAUAUAAUCUCUUUUACAGCAUCUGCAAUAUCAUUAACAUCCAAUCAUACAACACUUACCAACACCAUGAAAUGAAGGCAAACAUGUUGAUUAUCUAUUCUGCACAGUUGCUCUAAUCAUUUCAGCUGCAAUGCUCCACAGCUUAGAAUAUGUAUAUAUAUAUAUAUUUUUAACAACGAAUUGUUGUAUAAAUAAAAUGUCUGAUUUUAAAGGUAAAUGCUUUGUUCAUAAUUGUAUUUUAUUCUUAGUCUUCCAUUCACUCCAGGUGUAACAUUUAUCAGUAAUGAAAUAGAUUUGCAUGUUAAUUAAAUAACGGUUUCAAAUGCAUACAGUGUCUUCACGGUGUCGCUGUGGUCGCUUCAAACCACAAGGGGGCGUCCUCACUUCAUCUAAACACCUCAUGAAGAUUCCUUCCCCAGAGUGCUGCAGGGAUGACAUAUGUUUGUUGGCCAACCCGCAACUUGUUCUGUUGCCAGAAGUAAAUGUCUUUUACGGACGCCCUGGUGCUCCAGUGUUACCCAGACUCAAUACAGGCCUACAAGAGUUCAUGGAUGCAAUCCAAAGCAAUCAACUGUAGGCUACACGCUAUGCAUACACAUGAUCAAAGCUAAUAUCAUAAACAAUAAGGUCACACAGCAAGCUUGUAUCAUUUGUAAAUUUGAAAUGUCCAAUCAUUGUAAUGCCCGCCAGAUGCAAUCUGUUGAGUGUGUGUUAUGUCUGUGAGUGAGUGUGCACCUGUGUCUGUCCACAGCUGAUCUCACACUCUGCUGCACAGCUUGGUGGGAUUAAUUCAGUUUUUGGCUGCAUUGUAUGAAUCUCACAAAGCAAUUUGACGUUGAUAAUAUCUUCAACAGAUGUAUAUUAUACAUCUGUUCGUCUGCAGAGCUUUUGUUUUAAAUUAAAGUUUUUCAAAGUUGAAGAAUGAAGGUUUAGUAGACGGCUUCAUCUUAGACUACAUCGACGUUCAUCAGACGAUCAACAAACAAUGAUUUAAGCUAUGAAAUAAAUGACACAAUAUAUGCAAAUUAAAAAUAUAACACGGAAAUAUUAUAUCAAUUAAAUUACAAAAAAAACUUUGGCUAACAGAUAUAUAAAACUAUAUUCUAUAAUAUAUUCUAUAUAUUUUGAUACAACACAUUGGAUAUUAUGUAAUAAUAUGUCGAACAUCACGAUCAUAUCUGUCAUCCCUGAACGUUUCAAUCCUUUGGCUGUUGCCAUAAAGUCACAUUAAGUCAGGUUACCUGCCAAAAAAUAAUAAAUCCAACGUUGAAUGACCGUGAACAAGUCCAUUCACAAAUAUAACAGGACUGAGCAAACACCCUUUUCCUGGGUGUCAACCAAAUACAACUAAGUUACAGUUCGGUGUGUUACAGUCUUAAUAAGCUCUUUCCUGCUUUAAAGGUUGUUGGUGGACAGCGUAGUCAUAUUUAUAUACUACAUCUGUGGUGGAUGGAAGCAUUGCAAAAAGGCCCCCUGAGGAACGCUGGAUGCCAGUGAUAAUAUCAUUGAGUAUGAUAGCAGAGAGUAAUAAAGAUAACAGAUAGACAAUUGACAUUGUAUGUAUGAGGGGACACCGGUUCUGGCUGGGGCCUAGAUGCUUGAAAGCGCCAGACAUGUCGAUUUCUACAUUCUCUCGGAUGCCCUCUUAAAUGUUGUCGCAUCUGUAAAACAAAAGUUUACCUGUAAAAAGAUCCCUGCAAAAGUCAAAGCUUCACUUCACACUUUUGCCCGAUUUAUACUUCUGCAGCUGUGCGUAUAUGAUUUCCGGUGCGUGCACGGCAGGCAUAUAGUACUGUGGCAGAUUGCGCGUAUCAUUAAAUGUAUUUUUGAUUUUUCCAUCAGGCAGUUUUUCAUUUGUUUGAAAAGUGUGAUUUCUCCAGCCAUGGAGAAGAUGGAACCAGGCAUUAGCGCAAUGAGCAAAAUGUCAACAUUUACGAUUUAGUUGACGUGUUUUGUAGCCUACUUGGAAAUGAACAUGUAGAUUUCAUGAUGUAUUCAUGCUCCAAUGAGGAAAUCUCUUGCAUCCCUUGGUUUGAAAAAAUAAAAUAAAUGAAAAUAAUUGAAUAAAAACAGUUUUCAGUAUGUCUUAUCAACACGAUGGGAGGAAGCCAAUGAUCAUCUCAUGUUCAUUAUAAUUAAGUUUUACAUUUUUUGCUUUUAAUUCCAAAACGUACUCAGUGUCAUGUUGAAACUGUCAUGUUUAAAACAAACCAAAUUUCAUAAAAAUCUCAUCUACAAAAUCUCCUAAUCUCAUUGUAUCACAUUGUAUUGUGUGCGUUUGAUGACGCUUUACAUCCAAUUAGUUGCAUAUAUCACUCGUUGUUAUCUUAGCUUACAUGUAUUGUUUUGGACAAUGUGUUUGGCUAACAGCUAACGGGACCACCAGUACACACACUUCCGUACUGGCUGAGUACUGGGACCACUGGCAGUAACGUGCUGCUGACUGGGACGGGAGAGCAACACACAGCUACACAUGUGAAGCUGUGAUGCUACAGAGUUGAGUCCUUCAGCCCCACCUGUACGAAAAGAAAGCAAAAGAACACCAUCACACACACUACACCUGUGUCUCUGUCUGUUAAACAUGCAAUGUCAAGUCAUUAAUAAACUGCACAUAUGUAUAUCUUUGUCUUUCAGUUUAACCAAACUUUAUGGAGAAACACAAUACGUGUAACGUUACAGACAUGAAGCAAAACUUGAUAUGUACAUCUUCAAGUGUGUCUCCCGUGUGCUGGCGGGUGGAUGUACGUCAAUUGUGACAUUUGUCAGUGGUACAUUUUUCAGGCAUCGGUAAAACAUGGCAUUGUCAUGAACAAACCCGGAAACCGGUAUGGCCAACGCGUAAAAACCGGACUACAGUUAUGACAUGAUGUUGCACUUUUAUUAAUUUCUA